AUGUCUCCAAAUCGCAGCAAGUCUGACACAUCCGCCAAGACCCCGACAUCAGUUCGCUCUAGCAACCUUCAUGCGGCGGCAGGCAGUUUCGCUCCGUACUACCCUGUUCCCUUGUCAUGGUGCGAGCCGGCCUGGUUCAAUGCAUUCGAGAGUCCUUACUACAACGACUCUCAUCGAAAGUUUCAGGCGUACGUACGCUACUUCGUCGACACCCACCUACUCCCUCAUGCGCAGAAAUGGGAGGCAGCUGGUGAAGCCCCUCUAUCAGCGAGACUAAAGUUCGCCAAGUCUGGAUUGGCUUUCCUUGACGUUCCUAGGGACUACCGGCCCAAAGAGCUGAUGACUAUUGCCGGCAUCCCCUUUGACGAACUCGAUGUUUUCCACGAGCUGAUUUUGAUGGACGAAAUGGCUCGGAUUCCUAGCGGGGUUCCCCUCGCAUUGGCGGGCGCGUCAAACGUUGGCGCUCCACCAAUCUUCACUGCGGGUACGACAGAGCAGAAGAGACAGUGGCUUCCUGGGCUCUUUACGUGGAAGACUAGUUUCUGUCUAGCCAUCACAGAGCCUACGGCUGGCAGCGAUGUGAGCGCCAUUCGUACGAUGGCGAAGAAGACCCCUGACGGCGCCCACUAUAUCAUCAACGGGCGCAAGAAGUGGGUUACGGGCGCACCGGCGGGGGGUAUCUCGCUCCUGGUUGUGCCUCUGAACUUGCCUGGCAUCACGAUCAGGAAGAUCCACAACUCUGGACACAAUGCCGGUGGCUCUUCGUGGGUCUUCCUGGAAGAUGUCAAGGUUCCGGUCGAUCAUCUUUUGGGAAGGGAGAACGAGGCUUUUCCCAUCAUUAUGCGCAACUUCAACAAGGAGCGCUUCAUACUCACGGUUGACUGCAACAGACAGGCCCGCGUUUGUCUCUCAGAAGCUCUACAAUAUGCACACGAUCGAGAGACCUUUGGGAAACCCCUAGCCUCUCACCAAAUCAUCCGACAUAAGCUCACAACACUUGCGCGCGAAAUCGAAGGGCACUGGGCAUGGUUGGAGCAGAUCGCAUAUCACAUCAAAAUUCAUGGCUGGCAGGCGAAUGACGUCGCCAGCAGGAUAGCAUUGGCGAAGAUCCAGGGCGGCAGGAUAGUUGAGCAAGCCGUUAGGGAGUCUCAGCAGAUACACGGCGGUAUGGGCUUUGAGAAAGGGGUAACCAUGACAGAGCAGAUCUCUAGAGACCUGCGUCUUAAGGUCAUUGGCGGUGGUAGUGAGGAGAUCCUCAGUGACCUCGCAUGGCGGGAGGAGCACAAGCGGGCGUUCGGUCGAGGCUCAAAACUCUAG